AUGACAAACUUAGAAAACAUCUGUGGCAAGUUUAACUCCUCAAUAGAGAAUAUGAAACUUAUAGUUUGCAAUGAACUUCAAAGUAUAGAUACAACAAAAGUUUUGAACUCAGAUGCUUUGAAGAGUCUUAUAACAGACAAAGUUGGAGUUGUUGAAAGAAAGUAUAAAGACCAAAGAGUUUGUGAAAAUGUUGCAAACUUCAUUAUGGUUUCAAACAAUGCUGUUCCGAUGAAGUUAGAAAGUUCUGACAGAAGAUAUGUAGUUGUCAGAACGUCAGAUUCUCAUAUGCAAGAUACAGAAUAUUUUGACGACUUAGCAGAAACUUUGACAUCUGACUUUUACAACCACUUGUUCUCAUAUUUCAUGACAUUAGAUAUUUCUAAGUUCAAUCCAAGACAAAUUCCACAUACCGAAGAGAGACAAACAUUGUUAGAAGCAAACAAGAGUGUAUAUGAACUGUUCAUAGAUGAAACUGACUUUGUGUCAUUAGAUGAAAAGUCUUUAUAUGAUGAAUAUAAACAAUAUUGUCAAGAAUAUGGUUAUAUGGCAGCUUCUAAACGAACAUUCUUGGCAAAUGUCAAAAGUCUUUUAGAUGUUCAGAAUGGUGUAUAUACAAAGAAAAAUUUUUCUGAGUAA